AUGCCGCGCGAACCGCGGGAGGUACAUCAUGUCGACGACUUUCGACGACUGGCGGCCGAAAAUGACUCCAGCGACGUCGCCAGCUCUCGCUCGGACGACGCCGGCGACGUCGCCUGCGACGCAUUUACGACCACGAGCGACGUCGAGGCGGGCGGCGUGCGAGUUCGCACGGUGGAUCACAACGCGCGGCGCGAGACGGACUACGUGAUCGUCGUUCACGGCACAUUCGACGCGCCGCCCGCGGACGGCGCACGCACGUGGUACCAGCCGCCCGCGCCCGGGGAGCAGAACUUCUGCGCCAAGAUGGGCGCGCUGCUGGCGCGCGGACCCAUCGGCGCGGAGAGCGUCUGGCGGGCGAUUCCGCGCGCGACGGAUUCUCAAGGUGCAGAGUCGCAGGGGGCAGAGUCGCAGGGAUCUGAGGUUUUCAGGAGCGGGUCGCAGACGGGGCAGUCGCAGGGAGGUGCUGCGUCGCAGAAGGGGCAGUCGCAGGGAGGUGCUGCGUCGCAGAAGGGGCAGUCGCAGGGAGGUGCUGCGUCGCAGAAGGGGCAGUCGCAGGGAGGUGCUGCGUCGCAGGAAGGGGGCCAGUCAUGGCAGCGCAUGAUGGACGGUGACGUGCCUUACCCGUUCUUUUGGGACGGCAGCAACACACACGAGGGCCGCGUGAAGGCUGCAGAGAAGCUGGCGCGGCUGUUGGACCUGAUAGCUCGCAGGGACCCCUCAGCGCGAAUCCAUGUAAUUGCUCACUCCCACGGAGGCAACGUGCUUCUUAAAGCCAUCGAGCUCUACAUGAAGAGGCUGCCCACACUGUCUCUCUCCACGCUGCACCCGGCCAUUCGGAAGCGCUUUUGGGCGGCAUACAGGCGAAGAUUUGAUACGAUCAAGAGGUGGCGGCAGGUGGACUGGCCUUCUGGGUGGCGCCUGUUCUUCCCAUCCCUUGUGGUCAUGAGGAGCAUGACAGGCGGGAAGGAGCAAUACCUCUGGGGGGGGGGUGCGAUGCCGUUUCCUCGACUCCCUGCUGGACCUCUUCUCAUCCCCUCCCUUGGAUCUGUGCUCACGAAGAAGGGCAGCAGUAGGCAAGAUCGCCUUUAG